AUGGCUAUGGUCACCAUGAACAAUUUUUUGAACGGAAAAGAUUCAAGAUGGCUGCAAUUGGAGGUAUGCCGCGAAUUUCAGAGAAACAAAUGUUCCAGGCCGAACACCGAAUGCAAAUUCGCCCAUCCGGCCGCUAAUGUUGAAGUUCAAAAUGGUCUUGUGACCGCUUGCUACGAUAGUGUUAAGGUAUGCUUUAGUGAUAAAGCAACAUUUCUAAUUAUGGAUAGUAAGGACCAAUUUGUCCUAAGACGUCCAGGAGUAAGAUAUAGGUACGAGGAGAUGUGUAAUAAAAACAACUAA